AUGGAAGGGCCGCUGACAGAAGAGUAUGGCUCAGACAAUAUCGAAGUCGAGAAGCCCCUCUUCGAGGCGGAUGAUUUCGUCGAGCUUAUCGGCUACCACUGGGCUUCGGAUAUCAAGUGUUUCCUAAUGAACGAACCCCGAGACUGGUGCCGAUAUGCUUCGGCUGGGGGUGAAAUUAAUAAAGACGUCGUCGGGUCAAAAGCGGAAAUGACCGUAAGGAUCUCUUCCGCCGAGGAGUUUAUAAGGCUAACGCGGCUACAAAGGAAAAAGUAUACCUUCAAUUUGGACGACAACCCAAUCUUCUGCCCCAUCACCCACAUUGCCAGCUUGGCUUUCGACGACUCAGCGUUCGGGCUACUCGGUCUUAAGUCACCCGACAUUCUGUUCCGUCUACGGGCGCGGCGAGAAAAGGGAUGUCAGCCGAUUCCGUGGAGAAAAGAUAUGCUUGACGUGCCCAUCUUUCGCCUUCCCGUCGCCACUCAGGAAGGUGUCAAGACAUCGCCAGAUAAAGCUCUGACCUACAACGUCUAUCAGGCCUGGGUCAAGCGUCUGGGCAACGCCAUCAAUGAUGAUCCCAAAUCUAACGCGGCCGUCCGUAACCUUGCCCUGGGUCAUGUUGGAUCUUCCACGAUCUUCGAACGGAAUUACCUAUCUCGUAUGAUUCGUUACAGUACGCAGGACGCGUUCUGGAAUCGGGACGGUAAUCCGCAGGCGGCCAAAUCGGCCAGCCGCAUCGGACGUCUUCGCGAUCCGAACCGGCCGAGGAAGCUGACUGACGAACAGAGUCAGCGGGUUCGACAGUUACCAUCUGUCCGCCGGCUUCUGGAAUCGCGAGAUCGGGUUCGCAGCCUUAUCCUUCGGGAGUUCGGAGUGCUUCGAAUGGCGGUUGGAGAAGCAAUUCAUGGGGAGUAUAAGAAGUUGGACCGAAUGGUUAACAGCACGAUUCGAGCUGAGGAGCGAGCUCUAUUGAAGUUGCAGCCAGCGAGAGUACGACGAAACGGCUCCUGUUGA